CCUGCCUCCACCUUGACGCAUCUCUGACGGUCAGUCGGCAUGACAACGCGCUCUCGAGGGCAAACGGGGAACGGCUGAUCGGGAGGAUGGCAGCAGAAGAUGCCCAGUAACGGGAACAGCGGCGGGAAUCGAGCGGAGAGGGGCUCCGGGACCAGCCCGGUCCAUGUCCCGGCCAUGGAGCGAGCCCGACCGGCUACGGUGACGGUGUCCGCGGUGAGCCUCGCGCUCAGCGUGCUGUCGCUGCUGCUGCUCGUCACCGCCAUCUCCACCGACCACUGGUACGAGACGGACACGCGCAGGCACAAGGAGAACUGCGACCGGCACGGCUCCGACUCCAACGACCAGAAGAAUCGCGAGAUGCCCAUCUACCACCUGCCGCUGGUGGACAGCGGGCCCCGGCACCGGGACGUGGCGCUCAUGAAGCCCGUGCAUGUGGGCAGCAGGGAGGAGGAGCUGCUGGAGAACUGGCGGGCCAUCCUGGGGAUGGGCAUCCUGGAGACGGAGUGCGGCAGGCCGCUGUUCUCCACCCACUCCGGCCUGUGGAGGAAGUGCUACUUCAAGGGGCUGGACCCGGACAUCGACAAGCUCAUCGACCGGGGUAUUGCAGAUCGCUGCACUGCUGUCAAGUAUCACUUUUCUCAGCCAAUCAGACUGAGGAACAUCCCCCUGAACCUGACCAGGACCAUCCAGCAGGACGAGUGGCACCUGCUGCACCUGCGGCGCAUCACGGCAGGCUUCCUGGGCAUGGCGGCGGCCGUCCUGCUGUGCGGGAGCAUUGUGGCGUCGGUGGGCUUCUUCUGGGAGGAGAGCCUGACGCAGCACGUCUCUGGGCUGCUCUUCCUCAUGGCAGGGAUCUUCUGCACCAUCUCCCUGUGCACGUAUGCAGCCAGCGUGACCUACGACCUCUCCAGAAACCCGCCCUUCAUCUACGGUCUGCCGGCUGAUGUGGAUCACGGUUACGGCUGGUCCAUCUGCUGCGCCUGGGCCAGUCUGGGUCUCACCGUAGCGUCUGGCUGCCUCGGCACCACCUUCCCCUUCCUGAGCCGGGCCGGAGCACUGCGGUCCAAAACCGCCCGCGAGUCCUCCGUCUGAGGCGAGGAAGAGGGUGAUUCUUGGACAACAAAAGGUGUAAUUUUGGCCGGUUCCGUAAUAGGAGGGGCCUCGGACUGCAGACGGAGCUGCGCACCUGUUCGUGCUCCUGAUUUGGACCCAGCUCAGGUCACCGCAGCGUGCACUCUGAGCCUCGCCUGGUUCCUGUGAUCCAUCUCCGCAGUGGUGUGGCCAAAGGUACCAUCAGUGAUCAAGUUAAUAAAAGAUAAAUUAGCUGUUGGUCAAUCAGGUGAGUCAGACAGGUGGCCAGGUCUCAGCAGCCGUCUGUCAGUCAGCUCUGACUCACUGUUUUCUUUCUGCGGUGCCAUCGUCCAAUCAGAAGCUUCAUCGGUGCAAAGGUCACCUGAACUGAGGCGGGUCACAAUCAGCUGCUGCAGCUGGGUCCCCAUCAGGAGCAAUAACAGGAAACAGUGUGAACACACACACACACACACACACACACACACACACAGGUGUGCGCUGGGAUCCAAACCUGCUGCAGGUGUGAUCUUCAUGGAGCCUUCCCAUGCGGAUGUUUCGGAGCGCUGCGCUCCGAUCAGUUUGGGUGGAGCUUCAGGUGCACGCGAGCGCUCUGAGCUCAGGUGAGUGUUAUCCAGUCGUGCGGGGUUCACACGUUGCUUAGGCAUUUGAUGUUCGGGUGUGGCCUUCUUAGUGAUGACAGCCAAUUACAGACAAGCAAAGCUAAUUGUUCUUGUUCGACUUGGAUCCACACGCCAGUUCAAAACGUGAUAGGUGUGAAUCCCGCCUGAUGGAUCAGAGUCUGAGCUGCGGAGCGUCACGUGACCAGGUGGCGUGCUGCAGGUUUGGAUGGCGGCGUCCGCUCACAGAUGUGUAUAUAAAUGUGCUUUCAGCUGCGAGCUGAGCCACAGACUGAACCCUUUACUCUGCGACGCUGAGCAGGUGCUGCUCGCUGACUUCAGGCUUCCCGCAGGAGGGAACGCACAGACAGAUCCAGGUGUCAGUGCUGCCGCUCUGUUAUGAAACAAAGCAGUUGACCUUUAACCUCUGUCACCGACUCCUCUGUAAACAGGGUAUGACACCAUUUAUGUUUAAGCUUUUUCAGGUAUCAGCCUCUGAGACUGCAUCAGCCUAUCGGAAGCCCCGAUGCCUUCUCGUGACCCCCCCGUACGAGCAGAAUCGGAUGUUUGAAGUUCAGACUCUGAGCUUUCAAAAACAUCUGGAAUUACAGACAUUCAUCCACCAGCUGCAGACACCAAACUGAGAAUGUCCACAGCAUCCUUCCCAUCAUCAGGAGGAGGGCUCUGAUGAUCAGCGUGAGGAGGAGUAUCAGGGGGGCGGACCCAUCGAGGCUCCUGAGGGCGGAUGACGGUGGAUGAAAUGUUUGUGUGCGGCUCAAAGUCAGAACUUUAUUUAAUUUCAAGCCGACACGCAGAGCGAAACGGUGACUCACCAUCACUAUCGACCUUUAACCUGUAGAUUCCACACUAAAAGCUCCCAUGUUCCUCCUGAUACCCCAUCAUAGCUCCACUGUCCCCUCAUGGAACCUUUGUUGCCCCCUGCUGGACACAGCUGUAAAUACAUGGUGUAAACAUGAUGGGACUUGUCACCUGUAGCUGCUCCUGUGGAAGAUCUGUCAGCAUUUAUUGGAUGUAUUUAUAUCUGAGAAUUAAAUAUUUGUUA